AUGCCGAAGGGAGAUGGGCUUGGCUACGUCUCGAAGGAUUAUGCGGACCUUUUUCGAGAGCUGAGCGGGGAGUUCGCGCACAAGGAUCCUGUGCAGCUGAAGCCGCCAUGCCGCGUGCGAAAAGGUACAGCAGAGGAGAUGUCGGUUCGGCACUUCCCUUUCGGCAUCGUGCGAGUAAAGCUCCGCAUGCGUGGUGGUGACAUAGCGAUCGAAGAUGUGGCGAAAGGAGAGUACAUGAAAUGGAGCGUUGCUGAGGCGCUCUCGCAAAGCUUCAAAAAGCUCUUGAAGAUCGCGGUUCCUCCGAGCUGUAUUCUGGCCUGCACGGACGAGAUCGAAGUUCUCUCCGUGCAGCGCCCCAGCCUGGGGGAUUGCCUUUGGCAAUUCUGUGAGUUUCGUUUUGACUACAAGGUUGAUACGGCAGACCCCGUUCUCUUGCUGAAUGGCGUGUUUGCCAACAUGGCAGACUUUGAAGCCAUCUUUUGCCAGCAGUUGGAGACGAGAUUCAGAGAUGUUUACCUUCUCACGGUCCUUGGCCUCGUCAACAAGCGCUUCUUAUUGAUGGAUGGUGGGGCCAUCUUAGACGCGAUCUCUCUCCACAAGGCUGCCGAGGCCAAUGAUGUCGAGGCAAUCGCCAGGCUGGCCAAGGCCAAUCCUAGCACCAUCAACACCAUCCUCAAGGGCGACCGGCUCCCACGCGGUGUGCUGAACGAGGACGAGACCUUUUCAAUGGUUUCAUUGCAGCGGACACCUUUGCUGGCUGCUGCGGAAGCGGGUCAUGCUGAGGCGGCGCGGCGGCUACUAGAUGCGAAGGCAGAGGUGAAUUACCAGGAUACAUCUGGUUUCCAUGCUCUCUACCUUGCAGCUGGAGCUCCUAGUGCGCAGGAGGCUGUGAAGCUUCUCCUGGAGCAGGGCGCCGACAUACAACUAGCGAACAGAAGUGGCUACACGGCGCUGCAUAACGCUUGUGGAUGUGGCCAGGUUGACAGCAUUCGAGUGCUGUUGGAGGCCCGCGCAGACCUGAAUAUGAAGAGCCGCAGCGGAGCGGCUCCGGUACACGUGGCUGCGAUCAGCGAUCGUCCCGUGUCUUUGGAGGUAUUGAAACAGUACAAGUCCAAUCUGGACAUGCCAGCAGUCGGCGGAAAUACGGCCGUGCACGAGGGUGUUAUGCAGAACAAUCCAGGGAUCAUCCAAAAGCUUUUCGAGCUGAAGGCAGACAUCAACAUUGAGAGCGGCCCAGACAAUCAGUUUGCGACACCGCUGAAGAUGGCGUUGGACAGGAAGAAGAAGAAAGCUGCCAAAGUGCUGAAGGAUCUCGGGGCCAUCGAGCAGGUGCCUGGGGGCAACAGCACUGGCGAGGUCUUCGACAGCGCCAAGACGAGCGAUUUCAG